ACCCUCUCUGGGGGCCCAGCAACGCAAGGCAGCCCCCAGGCAGGGUCAGGGGCUGGGCUCUCCUCUGCAGGUGCUGCCCCAACCAGCGUCCCUCCAGCUCCCACCACCAGUUGGGACACGCAGCCUCUGUCCUUCAAGCCAGCGGGGCACACAGUGGGUCAUGCCCUGGGUGCUGUCACCGUGGAGCAGACACCAGUGACAGCAGGGACCACAGAGCCAUUGCUGCCCCAGGAUGAGCACAGCACAGCGACAUCAUCCCCCAGCACGAGCAGGAGCUCUGCUGAGCCAUGUAGUACUGCCAUGCUGCUGUCCCAGGAGGUCAUACCAGGGCUGGAUGAGGCCACCUCACCUCUGGCCACACCUGCCAGCAUCUCUCAGGACAGGGCCAGCCCCAUGAAGAUGGCAGCAGCCACAGCCAGUCCCCCUGACACAGCCACAGAAGAAGCCUUUUCUUCUACUACCACUGGCACCAGCAAGGCUGCAGAGCCAGGGACACGUGCCUUACCCAAUGCUGGCCACAGUGUCUCACAGGACCUUCCUGGGAUCCCCACUCAGCUGCCUGCAGUCCUUUUGCCCCAGCUUCCUGGUAAGGCUGUGCUGGGCACAGGGGAGACGCUUCCCCCCAGCCUCAGCACCACCCUGGGCACUGCUGGACAUGGGCCGCCUGCAGACAACGCUGCCCACCAGGCUCAGACCACCACACAAGCUGUGGGCACACCGGCCACAGUGAUGGAUGUCACAGCUGGAGAGCACAUCCCACCUCUGGGAAGCACCACUACUGAGCUGGUGUCCAUCAGGAAUGAGGCCAGUACCAAAGCCACAACAGGCACUGCCAUCCCAGAAACCCAGGACACACCAGGGGGGCUCAGCAUGAGUGUGUCCCCCCAUGCAGCUCUCAGAGACCCUGAUGGUCCCUCUCCAAGGCCCUUUCCACAGUCCAUGGGCUCUCUGCUCCCUCAGUCCCUCUCAGCAGGCCUUGGGACCACCACAGCAGAGGCAGCUGCAGGCAGAUCUCCUUCAGCCACUCCCAGCACGGCCAUGCCUUCGUCCCUCACGGGCACCACUGGAGCAAAGCCAGACAGGGCCCCUCGAGCUGCUGCUGCACCACCACCUUCCAUCGCUGCGUUUGGCAUCGGGACUGUGCCAGCCACCCAUCCAUCCUCCUCUGUUAGCAACUCUCCAAGUAGUGAAGCAGGGAUGGGAUCAGCAUCACUGGCCAGUGGCAGUGCCACCACAAUGCUGGGGGACACCGAAGCCACCCUGCCUGUGCCUGAUGCACACCCCAGCCACAGCCAGCCAGGGCCCACAGCAGGCUCAACAACCCCAGGAACUGGUGUCACACCCAGAUCUGCACUAACCCCAGUGCUCUGGGCUGGGUCCCAGAUUGUGGAAGCUCCAGGGACAGAGAUGCCAUCACCCAACACUGCACCAGGCACCGGCAGAGCUGUAUCAGAUACCCCUGGGGGACCCAGAGCAGUCACUGUCCCCAUGGCAUCACAAGCGGACGUCUCCCCUCUCCUGGAAGGCAGAGCCAAUGUAGGGAUGGCUCUGGAGAUGUCCCCAACCAGCAUCCCCCAAGAGAUGGCAGCAGUCACGUCUCCACUGUCCCUGACUGCCCCACUGCAAGCAAUGGGGGCUUCAGGUGCCCCCCAGCCCAAUGGCAGCACCACAGGGCAAGCAACAGGCAUGGGGUUCCUGGAGGUGAGCACGGAGGAGAGCCCAGGUGUCAGUGCAGCAGGGCCAGCUCCCAGCCACGCGAUUGUCACUGCCAGGCCAUCACCAGAGCCACCUGACACUGAGAACAAGCCCACCGCUGGGAUCACCUCGCUGGCUGCUGGCCACACAAAUGUGUGGGAGGCUACAGCUGCACCCCAGACAGGUGCCACAGGCACCACUGCCCAUGUGGACACCACCAACUCUGAGAGCGGCACCGAGGCUGCAGCACCCUCGGCCAGCAGCAGCAGCACCUCUGUCCCUGACUCCAACGCCAGUGGCACAAGCCUGGCCACCACGCCAGCCACCACACCAUCCACCAGUACGUUCACCAGCAAUGCUAACCUGCCAACCACCUCCACAGGCUGGGACACCUUUGUGACCAGUGUCGCCACAGCCAUGCCAUCUGCCACAGCACGGGCCACCAGCACCAGCAGUGCCCCAUCCCUUGCUGUGACACACAGCGAGGCAAGCGGAGGUGGGCAGCCUGUCCCAUCCCCAGCAGCACGAACCACGACAGCCCCCUUGUCCCUGCUAGGUGUUGGUGCAACUGGGGUGGCAGCCCCUGGACAGACUGCCACCGAGUCAGCUACAGACACCACUUCCCCUGCAUCCAUCGGCUACCAGGACAUGGGACAAGCAGUGAGCACGUCACCUCCUGCCUUCCAGACAUCUCCAGGGGCACCUGCCUGGAAGGAGAAAACAGCCAACAGCACAGGCAGCACCACAGCCACUGCUGCAGGGAGCACCAUGGCCAGCACCACAGGCAGCAGCACUGCCACCACUGCAGGACACAGCACUGCCAACACUGCCACCCCUGCAGGGAACAGCGCUGCUACCACUGCAGGACACAGCACUGCCACCACUGCAGGACACAGCACUGCCACCACUGCAGGACACAGCACUGCCAACACUGCCACCCCUGCAGGGAACAGCACUGCUACCACUGAAGGACACAGCACUGCCACCACUGCAGGACACAGCACUGCCACCACUGCCACCACUGCAGGACACAGCACUGCCACCACUGCAGGACACAGCACUGCCAACACUGCCACCCCUGCAGGGAACAGCACUGCUACCACUGCAGGACACAGCACUGCCACCACUGCCACCACUGCAGGGAACACCAUUGCCACCACUGUCUUGACUGCAGGCAGCACCAUGGCCAUCACUACAGGGAACAUCUCUGCCACCACAGCCACCACUGCCACCACUGCAGGAGGCACCACAGCUAUUGCAUCCACAGCCCCAGUGAGCCCAGCCAAGGAGGCAGGGAGUCUCCCAGGCACCACGGCACCAGUGACACCACCAGCCACCACCAGCCCUGCCACCACCCUGUCCCAAGCCUUUGGGACACAGAGAGGACCAUCCACCGAACUGAGCACAUCUGCCCACACCACCACUGGGCACAGAACUCCUGCACCUGAGCCCAAACCCACCCAUGAGCUUAUCAAGCCAGCGACUUCACUCUACCCCUUUGGCGUGGAAGCAGGGGAUCAAGAGUACGUCCGGAGGAUGGUGGAUUUUAACUCACCCCUGUUCAAGCCAGAAAUUGGAUUUCCCUUUGGGAAGUCACUGCGAGAUGUUUUCUAUUUUACAGAUAACGGACAGAUCAUUUUUCCAUCCACGGACAACUAUGUCCCAACCAACCCCAACCCCCCGCCCCGGGGCUUCACUGGCCGGGAGAGCUUGCCAAUGGUGGCUGCCUUUUGGGAUGAUGCAGACUUCUCCAAGGGUGUUGGCACCACUUGGUACCAGGAGUACUCUACGCUCAGCUCUACCCAAGACCCCGUUGUCCGAGAUGUGGAAGCAAAGAUUGAGAAAUACCUAAAAAUCCCCUAUGUAGCAAAAUGGACCUUGAAGGUGACGUGGGAGAAAGCUCCAGCGUACCCAUCCCAGAGGGAUGACACUCAGACGAGCACCUACCAGGCAGUGCUCAGCACCGAUGGGAGCCUCUCCUUCGCCCUGCUGCUCUACCAGGACGGGGGGAUGCGCUGGGACUACAGCAGGCUGGCUGCAGCCAACGUGCUCAUCGGCUUCUCCAGUGGCAAUGGCUAUGCCCAAAACAACGAGCUGACUAAGGAGCCACCAGCUGUCAAGUACCGACCAGACCAGCACAGCAGCAGCGGCUCUGAUGUGCGUGGGCUGUGGAUUUACAGGCUGGACAGUCGCUCCCGGGUGAAUUACAGGCUGCAGUGCUUGGCGUGGCUGGACACGGAGCCAGCGCCGGCCACCUGGAACAGCCAGCUGCCACCCUGCCCCUGCUCCCGGCCCCAGGCAGAGCUGGAUCGCCGCUACCGCUGGAGCAGAGGCCCAGCAGACACCUCCGUGAGGAUGCUGCGCACUGCGGCCCCCAGCCCAGCUGGAGCUGGGGUACGGUGUCUGUACCAAGGUGGGAGCUUGCUUGAAGGCUGGCAGGAGAGAGCAUGGAGCCCCCCCUUCCACGCUGCCACUGACACGGAGCUGGAAGCGUUCGACUGGUGCUGCCGGCGUGUGGGGAAGCCCCUGUUCUGUGCCAGGUUUGCUGAGAAGAGACCGAGGGUUGACUGUGAAGGAUAUGUGCCACCCACCCCUGCUAGUGCCUUUGGGGACCCUCACAUCACCACCCUGGAUGGACUCACCUACACCUUCAACGGGCUUGGGGACUUUGUCCUGCUGCUGGCCAGUGAUGCCCGGACCAGCUUCGUUUUGCACGGGCGCACAGCACAGACUGGCAUGGCCCAGGCCACCAACUUUGUGGCCUUUGCUGCCCAGUACAUCUCCAAGACCACCACAACAGUUGAGUGGACCUUGGGGAGCCAGGAUGACAUCCAUGUCCUCCUGAACAACGAAACCAUCCAGUUUUCCUAUUCCCAAGACCUGGGUGACGAGGUGUACUACAGCCCUGGUGUCCUGCUGGUCAACUCCUCCUCUGUCACGGCUGUCCUUGAUGGGAGCGUGGCUGUCUCUGUGUCUGCCACCUCUGGGAUCCUCAGUGUGGUGUGCAGCCUGCCCGACUGGUACCGCAACAGCACCAGCGGCCUCCUGGGUGUGUGGGACCAUGACCCUGCAGAUGACUUCCAGAUGCCAAAUGGUACCAGCAUCCCUGUGAACAGCAGUGAGGAGGAGAUCUACAGCUAUGGGAUGACCUGGGCUGUUGGGGAGCACAGCCUGUUCACUCAGCCUCUGGACUCACCAGCACUGAACUUCACACCCUUCUUCUUGUCUCGGCUGCGGCAGGAGAACGAAAGCCAGUACGAGCUGGUGGCCUCUCAGUGUCAUGGCAGCAAGGAGUGCAUCUUUGAUUCACUGAGCACAGGGAACCUGGCCCUGGGCCUGGCCACCCAGAGCCUUGCAGCCGACUUCCAGCAGAGGAAGACAGCACUCAAUGCCUUCCCUCCUGUCAUCACCGGUGACGCAUCCAUCACAGCCUUCAGGACACAGAAGGUCACAAGGCAGUACCGUGCCGUGGGGGAGGGUGCACGCUUCAUUCCCCAUCUCUCACCAGAGCUCAACAUAUCGGAGAAUGGCACCCUCGUAUGGGAGCCCCGUAGGACAGCCCCAUUCACCAUCAACCUGGAGGCUGUUGGCUCCAACAACGUCUCUGCACUCCUCCAGCUCCGCUUCACCCUUUGCAGAUGCAGCAGGAGCCAGGACUGUGACUACAGCAACACUGUCACUCUCGGGGAAUCUUCCCUGCAGCUGGCCGCCUGCAGAUGCGAGAGCGGCUACUCAGGUGCCCUCUGCCAGACCCCUCCGGACCGCUGUUCCCAGGGAUGCUUCCCUGGCGUGGGAUGUGACCCUUCCAGUGGCUGUGGCCCCUGCCCAGCUGGCCUGACAGGGGAUGGAGAGCACUGCUCAGAUAUCGAUGAGUGCACGCAGGGGACGGAGUGCCCAGGGAACAGCACCUGCACCAACACUGUGGGCAGCUACAUCUGCUCCUGCCUGGCCAGUGAGCAGAGUGAGAGGCCAGGUUGUGGCUCAGCCUGUGGCUACCACUCCUGCCCUGAGGGCUACUGCAGCAACGGGGGACACUGCCACCUUCACCCCGUCACUUGUGCCCCUACCUGCUCCUGCCCUCCGGCUUUCACCGACCAGCGCUGCCUGGUGGCAGGGGGGGAUUUUCAGCCCCUGCCCAGCUCAGGUCUCCCUCGGAGAAGCAUCCAGAUGAGGAUCAGGACACUGCAAAACGCCACUGCUGAGGAAGUGAACAGCACCGUCUCAGCCAUCCUGGAUUCCCUGGAGGUAAAGGCUUUCCAGAGCAACACCAACAUCACCCAGAUGACAGACAGCGAUGGCUUCACCUUCGUGGUGGUGUCCGAGUUCGCCUAUGACAGCCGGGGCACCGUCAUCCGCUUCCUGAACGAGGAGCUGCCCGCGGCCAUCACCGGCGCCUUCAACGGGCAGCGGCGGCGGCGGGAGGCGGGCCCGGGGCUGCUCUUCCAGCGCCUGCACCGCGACAACAUCACCGACCUGGUGAAGCUGACAGUGGAUGAGCUGAGGGACUACUUCCCCUGCUCUCUGUAUGGCUACAAAGGCUACCAGCUCCACUACAUGGGGACCAUCGGCUUCAUCUGCAUCUCCCCCUGCAAGAUGGGCUACUGCCAGCACGGUGGCCAAUGCCAGCACCUGCCCGAGGGGCCCAUGUGCAGCUGCCUGCCCUUCUCCAUCUACUCUCCGGCCGGCCCCCGGUGUGAGUGGCUGGCCAUCAGCCUGGCUGCCUUCCUCGGCAUCCUGCUGGGAGCCCUGGCCCUGCUCUGCCUCCUGUUUGCCAUGGCCUGCCUGGCCCUGCGCCUCUGCCGCCAGCACCGCCGGCACCGCCGGCACCAGGGGGCCAAGGAGACCUUGUGGAGGACACGGCCCUUCUCCUCUUUAAUGAUGGCAGGAGAACAAGCAGAGCCCACCCAGUCCCUGGGAAGGCAUUGGAAACUGCAGCUCCAAGCCAUUGACCCCUCAGUCCAGAUCAGAAUCCAGAGACCCCACGUUGUGCCUCCCAGCCAGCCCCCCCAGCAGCCCUAGCCUGGCACCAGUCCUUUCCUGGCACCUCCAGGCUCACAGGGGAGCCAGACACUGCUGCCUGCUCCGCUGCUCGCUCUCGAGGUCUCCAGCAGCAGCAACACAUGGAAGCAGGGACAGACAGCUGCCUUUUGAGUUCUGGGAGGAUUCUGGAGGAGGUGCUUUUUUGAAUGUGUGUUUAUGUUGGGUGACCAGAGCAGGAGGAUUUCACCUUUCCUGAGGACCUGCAGAGACACCUGGGAUCAUCCUUGAAUGUGCCUGCACCAGGGGAAUGUGCUAGUGCAAUAUAACAGACCCUGCAGAUCCCCUGAGAUCAGGGUCAGGUGGGGCAAUGCAGUGAUUGUAAUCCCUUAGGAACCAAAUAGAAUAAACCAAAAAUGUUGGCUUGCUGUUAAA